CAGCUGAACCAGACCGGAAGCAAAAUAAGGAGCUUGAGCAGGCGCAGCAGCAACCGUAGGUCGUGCUGCUCAGAUACUUUUAGAUUUUAAUGAAAAUGUUAACGUAAAUUUCCAUUUUUUUAUUUUCAUGUGAAAGUGUGACAGUUGACAGGUGAGCGGCGGCACGACACCUGUCUGCUCAACGCGGAAGUCCGGGAGAGAAGCUUUGGUGUCAUGGUCAUGAAGAGGAGUCGGGUGUUGGCGCUGCUGGCGGGCGGGAUCUUCUGCGUAGCUUUGAUGUCAUUGUACCGCAUGCUGGAGCUGAUGCAGGGGGCGGAGCUACAGCAUGCUGGGAACCCACCUGUUGUACAGGAGGACGAGGAAUUGUCCCGCCUCCAGCAGAAGAUUGACAGGUUGGAGCAUCUCCUUAGCGACAACAACCGUCUGGUUGCCACACUGCGGGAUUCUCUGAUCCCCCGCAAAGCAUCAUGGGAAAAAGAAGGAGAAGGAGCCAACGUUAGCUCAGUCUCUAUCCACAGCGCGGCCGACGAGCUGCCGGGCUGCCGAUCUGCCGGAAAGAUGAAGGAUGGCGCUGAUGGCGUUCAGCUGCUGGACGUUUAUGACCUCCUGCCCUUUGAUAACCUUGACGGUGGCGUCUGGAAACAGGGUUUUGAUAUCCGUUACAAUGGAAACGAGUGGGAUGAGCAGCCGCUUGAAAUUAUUCUUGUUCCACACUCACACAACGACCCAGGUUGGUUAAAGACCUUUGACCUUUAUUAUCAGGAUCAGACAAGACACAUCCUUAACAACAUGUUGAUCAAACUGAGCGAGGACCACAGGAAGAAGAUGAUCUGGGCAGAAGUCAGUUAUUUCUCUAAAUGGUGGAACGACAUUGACGAGCAGAAGAGAGAGAUGGUCAAACGUCUGGUGGGAGCAGGGCAGCUGGAGCUGGUGACAGGCGGCUGGGUGAUGGCGGACGAAGCAAAUUCUCAUUACUUCGCUCUGUUGGAUCAGCUGAUCGAGGGUCAUCAGUGGAUUCAGAGACACCUGGGAGUGAAGCCAAGAAGCGGGUGGGCGGUUGAUCCAUUUGGCCACUCCCCCUCCAUGGCCUACUUGCUGAAGGGGGCGGGGCUUAGCAACAUGGUCAUUCAACGAGUUCACUAUGCCGUCAAGAAACAGUUUGCCCAGCAACAGACGCUUGAGUUUCAAUGGCGACAGAGCUGGGACUCCUCCCCCCAUAGUGACAUCACGUGUCACAUGAUGCCAUUCUACAGCUAUGACGUACCUCACACGUGUGGUCCAAACCCGUCCGUGUGUUGUCAGUUCGACUUCCACCGCUUGCCAGGAGGGCGGGUCUUCUGUCCGUGGAGAAUACCACCUCAGCCAAUCACAGAGCAGAACAUCCAGGAGCGCGCUCUCCUCCUAUUGGAUCAGUACCGUCAGAAGUCUCGUCUCUUUCGUUCUCCGGUUCUCUUCGUUCCCCUCGGUGACGACUUCCGGUUUGUGGAGUCAAGCGAAUGGGACGCUCAGUUCAAUAACUACCAGAAACUCUUUGACUACUUUGACCAGCACCCAGAGCUGCACGUCAAGGCUCAGUUCGGGACCCUGUCAGAUUACUUCCAGGCUCUCGAGCGGCGCCUGAGCGCAGCAGACACGACGCUGCCGACCCUUCGCGGGGACUUCUUCACCUACGCCGACCGAGACGACCAUUACUGGAGCGGAUACUUCACCUCCAGACCGUUUUACAAACGUCUGGACCGAAUGCUGGAGGCCACGCUCAGAGCCACAGAAAUCCUCUUCACGUUGACACUGGCUGAAAUGCGACGUUUCCAUGGCGAGGGCCGUGUGGUUGCAGGUUUCCCGGCUGAAGAACACUUCCAGCGCCUGACAGCGGGGAGGCGGAGCCUAGCACUGUUCCAGCACCAUGACGCCGUCACUGGCACCGCCCGGGACCCUGUGGUGGUCGACUACGGCAUCAGAUUGUUUCACUCCAUCCUGAACCUGCGCCAGGUGCUGCAGAGCUCCGCCCACUGGCUGCUCCUAUUGGACAAGAGCCUUUACCACCACGACCAGUCGAAACCCUUCCUGCUAAUGGACGACGUGAUCUCCGCUCACGACGCUUUGCCUCAGAAGACGCCGCUCGUGCUCAGCGAUGAGCCCAGGCCGUUGAUCAUCUUUAACCCGACGGAGCAGCUCAAAACGUCUGUCAUCACCAUCGUGGUCGAUUCUCUGGAUGCUCGUGUGGUUGAUGCAGAGACCGGUCAGCCAUUGGCUGCGCAGAUCUCGGCGGUGUGGACAGAGCCGAGCCGAGCGUCCACGGAGGCGUUCCAGUUUUCUUUCAUGGCUGAACUUCCUCCUCUGUCACUCGUCGUGUGUCAUGUGAGCAAAGCGUCAGCUGGCUCCUCCCACCGGGCACAGUACACCUUCCAUCGUCGUGGCAACCCACCGACUGUUAACACCAAACAGUUUCAGGUGUCGCACGUCACCGGACCUGAUGCCGACAAGCCCGUGUCGCUUAGCAACAAGCAUGUCCAAAUAUGGAGUUCCCUGGAGACUGGCCUUCUGCAGAAGCUGCGUCUUGAAUCCGGUUUGGUCCGUGAGGUCAAAAUCCAGUUCCUGUGGUACGGAACCAGAACUAGAGGAAACCCGGACAAGAGUGGAGCCUACCUGUUUCUGCCUGGGGAGGAGGGGGCCCAGCUCUACUCGUCCUCUAAGCCCCCCCUGGUCCGGAUCUCCAGAGGUCCCAUCUUCUCUGAAAUCACUUCCUGUUACCAACACUUCACACACACGGUGCGGCUCCUCCACCUCGAAGGGCAUGCUGGGAAGUCCCUGGAGAUUUCCAACACGGUGGACAUCAGGUCGGAGAAGAACCACGAACUGGUCAUGAGACUUGUCACUGAUGUCGCCAACGGCAACCGUUUCUUCUCCGACCUCAACGGUUUCCAGAUGCAGCAGCGAAGGACCCUGGCGAAGCUCCCCCUGCAGGCCAACUUCUAUCCAAUGACCUCGUCCUCGUUCCUCCAGGACUCGGUGUCUCGCCUGACGCUGCUGUCGGCUCAGAGUCAGGCCGUCGCCGCGCUCAGACCAGGGGAGCUGGAGGUGGUGUUGGACCGGCGGCUGCAGCAGGACGAUAACCGCGGCCUCGGUCAGGGUGUCACCGACAACAAGCUGACGGCGAGUCUUUUCCAACUGCUGCUGGAGGAGCGGGGGGGCGGGACUCAGGAUGUGGGAGGAGCAUCAGUUGAACACCUGUCACUACUCGCCCACCUGUCCUCGCUCUCCCUCUGCCACCCGCCAGUCACCAUGGUCACCCACAGCAACACCAAGCUGCCAAAGCUCCGCCCCUUCCGCCCACUCAGCUCAUCUCUGCCGUGCGACGUCCACCUGCUGAACCUGAGGACACUGGAGGACGCUCAGAAAGCAGAGAGCCCGUCACAGGAAGCUGCUCUCCUCCUACACAGGAAGGGCUUUGACUGUAGCACCAUCCCAAAGCCAGCGCCUGUGUGCACAUGGAGCGUGCACGAGGAGGUGAAUCUGGCCGAUCUUUUCUCUCCUCUGCAGUUUCGCUCAGUUCGUCAUUCAGGUCUGACUCUGCUGCGUGAAGAUGACAAUGAAGAGCCCCCCCGCCAGCAGCAGCCGCCACAGGUCACUCGUCUGCGGCCAAUGGAAAUCAGUGCGUACCGCGUGGAGAUCGACUGAAAACAUGAGGGAACUAAAUGUGAUGGCAAACUCGUGAUGUCACAUGAUCAAGAGUUUUUACAAUCGGCAGGAACUAGCUCUACAGUUGACGUGCAUAUGGAAGAUAAAUGGUGACAAAAAAUCUAUCAAAAAAGUAAAUUAAAGGUUACUAUUACAAAGUUUUAUGAGACAGUUAAAACCUAAAAGACAAAUUGGGAAAAUAAUCUAGAAAUACAGAUCCCCUGUGUUUAUUUAUCAUUUUAAACAAAUAAACCAAGGAGAAAAUAUCGAAAAGAACAUGGAGACCAAAAAGGAAAAGAGAAAACAAAGCUGCUAAGGUUCAAGGUUGAUCUAGGACCAUUAAUCAACCUUCAUUUAUCUGUCAAGGAAAGUAAUCAUCACUUUCACUUGAUGUUUGUCUUCCGCAAAGAGAAGCUAAAACCUUGGUCAUUCUAAAGGAACUGAAGAAAAAACUGAGAAAACACUGAAAUUCAACCUGUUUGUGUGAAGUUGCUUCGUCAACAAAAAGGGACCAAUCGAGUCGUGAGCUCGAUGUUUGAUGAAUGUUCUGAAUGAAUGUGUGAGUCCAUGGUGAAAGGUCAGAGUAUGUGUUGUUGCUGCUACUUUCUUAAUUCAGUGUCAUUUCUCUGUUUAUGCAGGAAUGUGGAAUUAUGCGUCAACCUGUCCUCUUAAAGUGUGAUUUAUUGAUUUUAUCUUGUUGAUUAUGUUUGAAUGAUUUUUAUUUAUUUUGUGUCAUUGAUUAGUUGUUUGUCUUAAAUUGAUGUGUUGAUUUAUUACACUGGAGAUUUUUUAAUUUGGGCCUUUUUCUUUCCAAAAUGUGUGUAUAUGUUAAAUUUAUAUACAUAUUUAUUUGUUUUUAAAAUAUUUUUUCUAUUUAUGCUGUAAUAGAGAAACUUUGGGGAACUUGGGGAAAUACUUUCUUAUCUAGAAAUUUUAUAUUUUGCUUUAACAUGAAGAUUUAAAUCAUAAAAUGGUGAAGUUUUGGAAAAUGAAGGUUUUUUACUGUGAAAAAAUACUUUAAUACUUUAUUUUUGUAAUUGAUGGAAAAAAUAAAUGAUUGUUUCAUCUUU